UGUAGCCGUUUAGCCGCCUUCUCUUUCUGUCUGUCCCUUGAAUUUGUACCCUUUUCUUUCCCACAGCCUCUCGGAGACGGAAGUCUGCUCUUGAUCUAUUCAAAGCACAAUGAAGAAGGCGGAGGACCCGCUCCAGACUUGGACUUGUGACUUGUCUGCAUCUUUAUGCAACACCACAGACUAAAACCCUGCUCGGCUUCAAAAGAGCGGAUGUGAGGCUUGUUUGUGUGUGCAGCAGGUUCAGACAUAAUCAACUGAGGGUUAUUUGUAUGCUUGUGUGCGUGUGUGCAUAACUGCCUCUGAAGGCACAGCUCUCUGACAGCGGUUUAAACCCAGUAAGACACAGUGGUGUGUCUUUCCCUCCCACAAGACUUGACUUAAAACCUCACACGCUGGCUGAUCAUAUGAUGUUGCCUUAAAGAGCCUGGAGGGAUGUGUGACGAGCGUUUGUAACCUGCUUCAGGCUCUCACACUGAAAGGAUUUUACAAAAUGAUCGUCCUUCUAACAGCAGAGGAGGCCGUGUUAUAAGCGAGACAACAUUUACAGCUCCAGAAUCUGUCCCCUCGACGAAGGACUUGACUGAUGGAGGAGGAAAACCUGUUCUCCUCUCUGCCAGAUGUUACAAAUUCAGUCCAUCAGGAGCCUGAACAGGACUUGUGGACCGCUAUAGACCGCCAGCACGUCAAUGGAGAACAGGAGGGCAUUGUGUGGGUCGAUGAAGAGGUUCAAAUGAACCAGGAACCAGAGAAAGAUCAGCGCAGCCUCUCCCCACGCGCUGGCACUGACACUCCAGACGAGGCAGAGCCCUGGGAGCAAAUAAUAUGGCCGCCGGUGCGCCCCAUGACCUGCACCAGCCCCCCGCUGUCCUUUGCCACAGUGCAGUGGGACAUGCCGGACUCCUCUGCAGAGACGCCCCCGCUCCUGAUUCACAGCAGCUUGGCCAAUGAGCUGGACUCUGUUAUAGUGACGAGUGUAGGCGCCACUUCCCCGUCGCCUCACCCAUCAGAAGACAUAAAUGAUGACAUUCUCAGAGAGGAAGAAGAGGGAUUUGAUUCUGGGCUUCUGAACUCGGAUUUAGAGCUGAACGGAAACAACUUGCCGCCAUGUGAUGCCGCAGAUGUGCAAGAGCCGACGACACAGGAAGAGGAAGACUCAACACGAGAGCUGUCAGGCAGUAGCAACGAAAGUUUCCCAGACUCUCUGAGGACAGACUCAGAAGAAGAAGAAGAAGAAGAAGAAGAAGAAGAAGAAGAAGAAGAAGAAGAAGAAGAAGAAGAAGAAGAAGAAGAAGAAGAAGAAGAAGAAGAAGAAGAAGAAGAAGAAGAAGAAGAAGAAGAAGAAGAAAAAGAUCAAGAGGAGGAGGGGGGUCAGUCAGAAGGCUCGGAGCCAGCCGCGUCUUUAGAACUGAUCGAUGCUCUUGAGGAGAUCGAGGGCUCAGAAGACGAGGCGGAAGGUUUUGUGGAUUUACAGCUAGAAGAGGAACAGGAGGAGCCCGGGGUCCUGCUGACGAGAGAGGGAGACGUCGAGGAAGAGCAAGCAUCAGCGAAUGGUGUUGAGGCCGAGGAAGAGGACGGAGAAGGAGGCGAGGAAGUGGAAGAAGAAAAGGGUGUGAGGAUUACCUGGACUGAGGAAAGUGAAAAGGCAGAAGCUGCAUGUUGUCUGAGUCACGCGGAGGUCCCUGCAGAGCUACAGCAAACUGAUGAAACCGGACAAACUAUAAGCCCAGAUGAGCGAUUAGAUCUGACACAGACGGAGCUAUCGGAGGAAAAUAGGCACUCCGGGACUGAAGAGGACCCAGAGAUACCAGGAGACGGCUCCACAGGACUGACUGAAGAGCUAAAAAUGUGCCAAAAUGUGGAUCAGAACGUGGAGCCUGAUCAGUCAGAGGCUGUGAACAACAUAGAAGAACCGCAGAUGCAUGCAGCAGAUAAUGCAGAGAGGGUAGAGGAGGACUCCAAGGAGAUACUGGAGCUGACUGAAAAACUACAGGAGACAAGUUGUUUGGAACAUCAAGAUUGUGGGAGAAUGACUUCACAGGACGUAGAGAUGCCACAGCAGCCUGGACACAGUGAGCAGCUCGAGGUGACUGAAGGGAAGGAGCAGAGCCAAGCAGAGGAGCAACACUCCGAGGACCAGUUAAGUCAACGUCUGGAGCAGAUGGAAUUAGAAGAAGUGUCAACCCAGACUGAAAAAGCAGACCUGCCGCAGGAGUCGACUCUGUCAGAGCAGAUAUUUAGCACUGAAGCUGAAGACCCCGGCGCAGCAGAGCAGCAGGAACAGACGGAGCCGUCGGAGCAGAAUGAGCAGCGAGGGACCGGCGAGCAGCACGUGCAGCCCGAGAAGACAGACGCGUCUGAAAUAACAGAGCAGCUGACGCCUGAUAGCGAGGUCACGCAGCAGAGAGCAGAGGCAGAGUUCACUCAGGAGGACAAACAGGCUGAGAUGUCACAUCAGGCUGAGGAAGAGGACGAUGUAAAGGAUGAAAACGUGCAGACAUUUGCUUCAAAUGGAGUGCAAUCCAAGCCUCAUAUGAACGGAGGGGAGGUGGACAGAGAGGCGGCCUGCCGCCUCGCUGAUAGGCUGUUUAAGUUGGACGGGUUCCAGCGUGUCGAGGUGGUGAAGCACAUUGACAAAGAUAAUGACUUCAGUCGAGCUGUCGGGGAGGAAUACCUUAAAUACUUUGACUUCACCGGGCAAACUCUUGAUCAUGCCCUGAGGUCUUUCCUGAAAGUGGUGAUUCUGAUAGGAGAGACUCAGGAGAGGGAGCGUGUGCUGCAGCACUUCGCAUGCCGCUUCCAUGAGAGCAACCCGGACUCCUUCUCCUCCUCAGGUGCUGUGUUGGCUCUCACAUGUGCUCUGAUGCUUCUCAACACUGACUUGCAUGGACAGAACGUAGGAAAAUCCAUGUCCUCUUCUAAGUUUGUGUGCAACCUGGAUGAGAUGAACGAGGGAGAAAACUUCAGCAAGGAUCUCUUGAAAAGUCUUUACAACUCCAUAAAGAGUGAACCGCUGGAGUGGGCUGUUGAUGAAGAGGAGUUGAAGAGCUCCAUAUUAAUGGAAGAAGAUGCGGGAGAAGACGCCCAGCUGCGCUCAAAGUCAAACCCCUUCCAGGAUGUUCCUCACAACAAAACAGCCAAUGUGGUCAAACAGGGAUUCCUGCAGAGAAAGCUCCACGCCGACAUUGAUGGCAAACGCACUCCGUGGGGGAAGAGAGGCUGGAAGACUUUCUAUGGAGUGUUGAGAGGAAUGGUCCUUUAUUUACAGAAGGAUGAUUACAGGGGGGAUCAGAUGAUCAAUGAGGAGGUGGUGAGCAUGCACCACUCUCUGGCCGAGCAGGCCGCCGACUACACCAAGAAGCCACACGUCCUCCGCCUGCAGACGGCCGACUGGAGGGUGUUCCUCUUUCAGGCGUCAUCCAGAGCAGAGAUGAAUUCUUGGAUCAGCCGCAUCAACCUGGUGUCGGCCCUUCACUCCUCGCCUCCGUUCCCCGCUGCUGUCGGCUCUCAGAGGAGGUUCUGCAGGCCGCUCCUCCCCGCCUCACACUCUGCACACACUCUGGAGAGUCAGAUGCAGUCGCAUGCAAAAAUGCUCGAGUCCUUCAAGACGGACCUGACGUGCCAGCAGCAAAACCUUCCAGAGGGAAAGAAAGCCAGAGCCAAGGAGCUGGAGGAGCAUCGAGUCAGAGCAGAGUACCUGCAUCACGAGAUGUGCCGCUAUGAGAUCUACAUCCAGGUGCUGGAGGCCUGGAAGAAAGCAAAGACGGCCGACGACAGCGUGAUGACCACAGCAGACCUGAACUCAUUUGAUAAAGCUGUGUGUGCAGACCUUGUCGGUGAGGGCCACGAGGAGAGCGGCACCCUGAAAAAGUCCUACUCCAGCCCCUCCCUGGAGAUAGAGACGCCUCCUCCCACCAUGAUCAAAGUAAGGCGCAACAUUUCAGAGAGACGGACUUAUCGCAGGACCAUAAUUCCCAGAUGGAAUAAAGAAUCUUGAAAGACUCAAGAGGUAACACGACCCAAUAAAGACCCUUUGAAAAAGCAGAUUUAUACAUCUUCUAUGAGUUGACAGAAUUUCAGGGUUCAGUUUCAUGAAGCGAUCUUAAAUCUUGUCAUGAUGUCAUUUUGUUUCGCAAGUUUCUGCAUAUUUUGUCUUUUGCACUUUUUAUGAAAACCAACCUCAGGGAAUCCCGAGCUCUCAGUCUCUGUCAGGAUAGAGGGACUGAUCCAUUUGUUGAAUGACUCAAAUCUGGACCUAAUUUAUUUCUUUUAUUGUGUUGACUUUUGGUCUCUUUAGGGCUUAAAAGGUACGAAUUGAAAUUCAUUUCUUGUUUCACAUUGAACAAAAUUAAAAUGCAAACCACUAGAGGGCGCUGUAGCACAGCUCAUCUCAGUGAAUAGAGGGGCUUCAGGAUGUGCUGUCAGUUUUAAACUGUUUUGAAGAAUCUUAAUUGCACUUUUAUUGUUUUUAAUGUGUAUAAAACCUCGACUUGUGUUCUGUUAGUGUAACAUGAUGUUAUUGUCACUUAUUGUUCUCAUAUAAGUUUAUUUCCAACAUAUUCAUGUUUUUGUUCUCUCUGUGGAAAAAAAAUAAAACGUUGCUCCUGCUUUAAUCGAACAGCAUGAGCAAAUAACUGUUUGAAGUCUCAAUGUGACGGGCUCUAAUUUAGUUUCUUUAUUUAAAGAAAGUAGUUUCAACAUUUCACCCAUGUUACCAUGGUUACCUGUAUGUCAGAUACAAACAGGACAAAGAAGCCGAAUGUUUCAACAAAGUAAGCGAAGCAUUACAGGAAUGUCUUUGGCUGUUUUUUGAUUGCAAUCAUACAAACACAUAAAACUAAAAUUGAAUUUAUUAUUAAAAUCCCAAGACAGAAAAAGUUUUAAACUGAGUCACCUCUGGAGGAAAUUAUUGUUAUUAUCAUGUGAGACGAGAAAAAAAUGUCUUGUUUAAAAGAA